AUGUUGAAGACCGAGCUCCCCAAUCUCGGUAUGAAAGAAGCACUUGCCGGCGCCUUCGGAGAGGGUGUCCGCACUUACUGGGUUGAGCUCCGCGAGGCGGGAACCGAUUGGCGCAGGGAUGUGACUAACGAGGAGCAAGAUGUCGAGUUUCGCGAAGCAGGCGCUGACUGGCGCAAGCGUGAUCUCGAGCUUCGUGAGGCCGGUGGGACCGCACCGAUUGGUGCAGGGUUUGGACCGCCGAGAUGCGAGACCUCGAGAUCAAACGCGAAGCCGAGUCGCGCGAAGUGCUGGAUUAGACAUUCCGAACAUGCACAUUACUGUGCUGGCGCUGAUUUCCGCGCUUCUGCGGCUGUGGUGUACCUGAAGUAG